CUGUAAAUCACGAGACGAAUCUUUUAAACCUAGUUGCUCAAUGAUUGGUCAAUGUUUGUCAAAUAAAAAUAAAAGUGCUACAGUAUCAAAACCCAAAAAGUUUUUGAAUCUAAACGAGGCCUAAGUCGAUAAACGCGCACGUCGAAUCCUGGAAUUUUCUUCUUUGUACUGCAAACCAUAAUUCAGGGUAGUCCAAAGGUGAAGCUUUAGCUUGCAAAUAUUCUUCGAAACUACUGCCUGGAUCAUCGUCGACAAGUAGAGCCGGACUGUAUGCCUGGAUCGUUGAAACAUCAUAAGCAAUCAGGCAACCUGCGCCUGCGCCGGCCAGUCUACUACGUACGUUUAUUACACCUGGGGCACGAGGAAAAAACGCACAUCCGUGUGGACGUACGCUGCUGGUUGCACUCGCGCGUCAAACCGUGGCGUGGCAUGGCGGAGCACUCGUCUUAUUGGUUUCCUUGACACAUCAAGUCCACGUACGACACCUGACCAAUGCAAAGCAAAGCCCGGCGUUUAAUAAGUAGACACGUCCUUGGAACAGUAGCCGGAAUGAAACAACGAGACAGCACACACACAUACUAGCCCAGCAAAUGGCCAUGGGUCUGGGGUUUCGGAUGAGCAAGGAGGCGGCGGGCAGCCACGCGGUGUCGUUCUUCCUCGGCGCGGCGCUGCCCACUGCCCUGCUCUUCUUCCUCGCGUCCGACCGCCUCGGCGAGGGCUUGUCCACCAUCUCGCACAACUGGGGGAACGGGCCGUCGGGCGACGACGAUGCAAAUGAUGAGGUCAUGUUCAAGGGCCUAGCCGAGCUGCUACCGAGGGUUGCCAUGGACGACAGGACGGUGAUCAUCACGUCGGUGAACGAGGCAUGGGCGCAGCCGGGCUCCCUGCUGGACCUCUACCUUGACAGCUUCAAGAACGGCGAGGACACCGCGCACCUCCUCGACCACCUCCUCGUGGUCGCCCUCGACGCCCGCGGGUUCCACCGCUGCCAGGCCGUGCACCCCUACUGCUACCUCCUCAACGCCACGUCCGUGGACAUGAGCUCCGCCAAGCCGUUCAUGAGCCCGGACUACCUGGAGCUCGUCUGGACCAAGCUCGUCUUCCAGCAGCGCGUGCUGGAGCUCGGCUACAAUUUCCUCUUCACGGACUGCGACAUGGUAUGGUUUCGCAACCCGUUCCGGCACUUCCCCGUGUAUGCAGACAUGAGCUGCUCGUCGGACGACUUCAAGCCGUCGCGGGCGCCGCUGGACAACCCGCUCAACACCGGCCUCUACUACAUGAAGACGACGAACAGGACCAUCGAGAUGAUGAAGUACUGGCGGGCGGCCAGGGAGAGGUUCCCGGGGCAGCACGACCAGGCGGUGUUCGUCAACAUCAGGCACGAGCUCGUCGGCAAGCUGCAGGUCAGGAUCGAGCCGCUGGACACGGUGUACUAUGGAGGGAUCUGCGAGUACCACGACGACCCGGAGAAGGUCUGCACCAUCCACGCCGACUGCUGCGUUGGGCUGGACACCAAGGUGCACGAUCUCAUGGCUUUUGCCGCGGACUGGAAGAACUACACGAGCCUGACGCCGGAGGCGAGGCAGAAGGGCAAGGGUGCUUUCAAGUGGACGUACCCGACUAGGUGCCGGGAUUCCAUAGGUUGGCGUAAGCCUUGAUGAGGGAGCGCAAUCUCAAGUGGGUAACAUGAGCCAUUAUAUAAUAUAUCUUUUAAAACACAAUACAGACACUCAGAAAUAUGCACGUGUAUAUACUAGGCAAUAUGGCCCAGGCGCGGUAGUAAGAAGCACAGCCCAGUCAUCACCUAGCUCGACGUGCUGGCACCGUCCGGUCAUAGUGUCGUGCUUGGGCCGUCAUGUCGGUCCAUAGUACCGGCCUAGGCAAGGCACGGAUAAUGUGCUAGCAUAAUGUGGCCCGAUAAACCCUAGCCAUCGGAUGCUUUCAGAUGAUUCUGUGGCCGUUAAGUUAGAGUAUAUAUAUAACACCAAACUCUAGCUCUUCUCA